GCGAGCGCCAUGUCCGCGUGUGCGCCGCGCGCCUGCUGCCGGCCGCGCGCCCCGCCGACACUGCUCGACAUCACAGCGAAAAUAGUCGCCGCCGCGAUCCCUUUCCAGCGCAUCGAGGAGCGCUAUGAACGCAUCCCGGAGCCCGUGCAGCGCCGCGUCGUUUACUGGUCGUUCCCGCGGGAUGAGCGGGACAUAUGCAUGUACUCGUCACUGGCGCGAGCGCCGCCGGACGACCACCGCAACAUCGCCUUCUGCCGCGGCCUCAAGCUGCUGGAGGCUGGCUGCGUGGAGAACGUGCUACAAGUCGAUAAACGCGUUUGUGGUCGGCUUACUUCUCGUGUCUAAAGUGAUAUAAGUUCCCACACCCAUAUCAUCUGAGUCACACAAUCUACGAUCAGCUGGAACCGCCCACUUGAAGUAAAAACAGGCUGAAAUAUGUUCCGAGAACCAGCAAACGAAGGUUGCAACCAAGGAAGGAUUAAAUUGUCUGCUAUGUAAAUUUGUAGGUCAGGCUCAGGCGAGGCCCGGCAAAAGCAAAAGAAUUUCUGUUUUAGUUCCUAUUGAAAGAAACCCGAUUUCUAUUAAGUCUUCUUGCCCGUGCAAUUUGCAUCGGAACUUUUAAUGGAGAAUGAAUAACUUAUGAACGCUUUUAAAUUUUUAAUGCAUGCAUAUCGAGUUCCAUCGGUGACAGUGUACAGACAACACGAAAUGUCAAGAGAAGUAAAAAAUAUCUGGCUGGCACCAUUCGAACGACUUACCAAACAAGAAUAGCCAGAUUCGUAAAUAUGAAUAAAAGAACGCUGCGCCCUCAAGGUACAUGCAAAUGAUCGAAAAUGAACCCCACGUUUUAAAUGUAUUGGAGACGCAUGUACAUAUUUAAUUGUCAUGCAAAAAUAAACGAGCGCACCCGGCACAGCUCUGUAAAUAUUUUAAUUCAAUGUUAAUAACUUCAUAUCAAUUCUGUCCGAACGAAUCUCGGCGCUCGCGAGAACCG